UGUAUGAACCAACGUUUUGUGGUGAGUCGAAAUGGAAUUGAUGAUAUUAAUCUCUUUGUCCUUGACAACUCUCUUAGCAUUUCUCUUCCUAAAGUCACUAUUCAAACGAACCACCACUAUUUCCGAACUUAACCCACCACCGUCUCCAUGGCGGCUUCCAGUGAUAGGAAACCUUCACCAGCUCAGUCUCCAUCCUCACCGCGCUUUCCAUAGACUCAGCCUCCGCUACGGGCCGCUCAUGCUCCUUUACUUUGGCCGUGUCCCUGUUCUGGUGGUCUCAUCAGCCGACGUCGCUCAUGACGUCAUGAAAACGCACGACCUUAAGUUUGCCAACCGCCCCAAACCAAAGGCGCUGGAUAUAAUUAUGAACGGCGGACGAGAUGUGGCAUUUUCCUCUUAAGGUGAGUAUUGGAGACAUAUGAAGAGUUUAUGCACUGUGCAUCUCCUCGGCAAGCAAAUGGUGAAGUCCUUUGAGAAUGUAAGAAAAGAAGAGAUAAACGCAGUGAUCAGAAGCUUGAGAAAGCUAGUUCUUCUUCUUUAUCGGUAAAUCUAAGCGAUUUACUACUUAACUUGUCAAACAAUGUCAUAUGUAAAAUUGCAAUGGGAAGAAAAUAUA